AGGGAAGUAACUCCAUGGCGGAUUUUAUUUACAAAACAAAUGACACAAAUCAUUAACAUCUGAAAAAUGGAGUUCCUGUUUCCCAUAGAUGAGAAUGUCUACUACAAUGUCUCUCUUGUGUUUGCCCUGUAUCAGUGUAGGCUACACAAUACCUCAUCAAGGACAGAUGCUGAGGACCCAGAUGUGAUUGUAGCUGAGGAUGAGGAAGAUGAUGAUGUAUUUGAAUCAGCGUCAUCAGAAUCAUCAUUAUGGAGAAAAAUCCAGGGUUUCUUUGGAAGCCCACAGGAUGAGACAGUUCCUCUGGAGAAACCUGUUACAAUCACUGAGCAAGAAUGUGUCAAAGUUAUCAACUUCAGUCAAGAACGAUCAUUCAAUGCAAACAUAUUGCUAAACUGGACAUGUGUUGCUUUGGCAACCUGUGUCUUAGCCAUAUUAAUAUGGUUCCUCUGCUAUUGUUUGAUAAAACAGAUGUAUGGAGGUAAGGAAAAACAAGAUCAAUCCUCAUCCAGGGAGGAAAUAGCUGCAGAGGUAACUGAAGAUUUCAAGUUUUCGCAGUCUGGUGUGGAGGAUGUUCUAUCACCAGGUGUUGAGUUGCCAGCACCAACAGAUAUAAAACCGGCUCCAAAUAAGUGUGCCAUGACAUUAACCAUAAUAAAACCUGGAUGUAAUAAUGAAUUCAUAAGAGUCAAUAAGACUGAUACAAAAUGCUUCCUAUCAUCUACAGUUGACAAGUUUCUUUGUGAACUGGAUAAAGCUUUGGGUAUCUCAUCUGAAUCCUUUUCAAAUCAACCCAUGAGUAUGACUCCAAAUCUGGCUACUAGUGCAUCAUCAAGUGCCAUCAGUAACCUGGUAUCUCCAAGACUUGGUCGUCGCAGUACCUGGCGAAGACCAAGACAAGGCUCCCCCUCACUGCCUCUUGGAGACCUGAGUCUUAUGGGAGAUGACCAGACUACAAAGGAUAAGCAUGCUUGGCACGAAGUUGAAAGAAUGAACACAAGGCUUGGUUGGUCAUCCUUGAAAACUGAUGACAUUGAUUUUGGAAAUAUUGAAAACAGAAAUUUAAGGGAUGUUCUCACCUUUCAUAUCAGGAAUUGCCCAGUAACCUCAGAACAAUGGUUUGCUGCCUCUAUGAUUGUUAAUUACACAUUGUUGAUGCUAGAGAAAGAACUUCAUAAGGCUCCAUCUAGUUCCAGCUUUAGGUUUGUUGAAUUCAGAGGUAUAGGGAGUGUUGCCAAAGGUCUGAAAAUAUCUAAAGCUAAUCAGUUUGACACAGCUAUGAUCAUCCAGCCUUCUGAGUGUGUGCUCAACAAUGUCUUAUACCACAAUGUGUCUGAAGAUAUUCCAUCGGGGAAGGUGUUGCUCUCUGUAAAGGACAUGAAGCAGGAGAAGAAACCGAAGCAGUAUACAAAGAGGGCAUCUGUGUCGGAUUCUAUUGGAACCUACCUCCUGCCCAAAGAGAUUCUGACUCUGUGUAAGGAGCUGGUGGACCAAGCCAUUCAGAGAUUGAUGAACAGCAACAAGAGUCUUCUUGACAGACUUCCUUUCUCAAUCCGUACUGCAGCUGAUGGUGAUUUGCAGCUUAUUCUAGACACUAGGAUGCUGCAUGGCCUUGGGCUUGGAAUACCGGAGAUUGGCAUUAGAUUGUGUCCAGCCAUUCCCUUGAUGAACACUAGUCUGUCACUGCUUCCUACUGUGUAUGCUGUUACUCCUUGGGUUGUCAAGAUGCAGGCGAGAAGACCCUCAAGCAGUUCCAUGAGAAUAUUCCGGGACAGGGUGGAGAGUCUUGAUCCUGAUCUCAUGUGGAACCUGUCUUUCUGUGAUCUGGAGUCUUCCUACCUGGCUGCUAUGGACCAGAAGCUGCAGCUUGCUGGAAUCACAGGCUGUCACAAGAUCUGUCUUAGAAUCAUGAAAGCUUUGUUCACAAGUGGCUACAAAACAUCACUUCUCAGUCGAGGAGAGAUCCAAUCCUACCAGCUGGAAACCAUUUUGUUCUUUCUCCUCCUGGAGAGUGCGCCAUGUAACUGGACAAUGGAGAAACUGGCUGACAGGGUGUCAGACUGUGUUCACUUCCUUAGGUCAGCUUUACAGAGUAUGUGGCUGCCUAGUUUCUUCGUCAACAACCCCCACCUGGAGAAGCAGAUGCCAGCCCUGAAGCUGUACCCUCUUCUGACUGGCGGCAGACAGGACAACCUGCUGGCCAACAUGAAGCAGGAGACUGUCGAGAAGGUCCUCAACUUCAUAGAACAGAGGCUACAGGAGGUCGGCCUUCAGGGCUGCAUCAAGGAGGAGUACUCCCUGGAGAUGUGGGAGUACGAGUUCUUCAUCUUCGGAUAAGAUAUCGCCGUCUUCAUAUUGAAUUUAUGAAUAUAAUCAUCCAGUUUCACAGUUUUCAAUGAUUUGAUCAUAAAAAUAGUAUCGAUGGAACAUCUUGAAGUUCAGCAUGUCAUUUAGUAUAUUUAGCCUUAAGAAUAUUUCUUCUGUUUACUUUUUCUUGUCAAGAUGUUUACUUGAUAGAAAUAACUUGUCUUCACUGUCAUGGACAUAACAGAUGAGAACCAAUACCUAAAUGACAGUUUAACUGCAUGUAUAACACUGGAGAAAAUAUAUAUAUGCAUAUUAGUUACAUGUAAUUAGUACCACCGAUCAUGCAAGGGCUGAAUAAUGAGAGCUUAUCCCACAUAUUUUUAUACAUUGUCAAUCAAAAGCUUUAACAUGUUUAAUGUAUUUGGUUAUGUUCUGUUAGUUUAUCAUGUUUGUUAGGAUGACAAAUGUUUCUACAAAGGUGAGGUGAGGUGAAAUGGGGUUUAACGUCGCGUCCAAGAUUAUUGCACUUAUAUAGCGACGUGCAUGUACGUGUGUGUGUUUGUGUGGCUGCUUGUACUAGUCCGGACUGAUGC